UUAGGAAAUCCCUGCAAAUUUAACCUAAUUCUGGAACAAACAAGUAAUCCUCAAAUUUCAACCUAUUUCUAACUCGAUCUGUUCCAAGAUUUCAAAAUCCUAGAUUAAAGAUUUAAAGCCAAAGUCCCAAUAUUUUCUUCUUUUCUUCGUUGGGUCGUCCUCUUGCUAGUCGCACAGUUGUAAUUAAUCUAUCACCACUGACUUUGAAGGUUAUUGUAAGGCUUCUCUUAAAUGUAGUCCACACUUUUAUUAAUCAUAGCCCAAAAAGUUUAAGCUAAAAUGAAAUAUCAAAGUUACCAAACAUGUCUGGCGGUUAACUAUGAAAGAACUGCAAAGGAACAUGAAUAUUGCAUUUACCUGAUUUCGCAAGGUUGUUGACAUGAGCACUUUGGCGUUGGGUUCUUUCAGCCUUGGAAUCCUCAAUUGUGUGAUUCAGCUCUAUUGUUUUUUCCUUCUUCCAUGUUAAUGAUUCCCUAUCGGCCUCGUAAAACCUUCAUGUUAGGUUCAAGCUCUGAGUGUGUAUGUGUCUGUCUACAACCUCUUGUAGUUCCGGAAGCAGUGGAAGAGGUGUUGCAAGAAGUGAAAGCCGGGAAAUACUGGUUCAGCAUUUACUUGUUAAAGAGGAGGAUCUUAAACUUCUGGUGGAGUUUCACGCGAGUAUUGCAAGAGGGAUCUGAUGAGGCUUUGUUCGAUUGCUUCUAUCUUAUGAUUAACUCUGGGGCCUGGUGGUUAGUUGAUGCAAACAUCCCGCAUCAGAAAUACCAAUACUGAUGGUGAACCUUUUACUUUCACAUUUGUG